UAAGUACACGAGAGUGUCUAAUUCUGUUCCCAAGUAGUUCCCUUGUUCACUGUCUCCGAUGGCUGAUUAUUCAGGAGGAUCUGAAACACACGAGGUAGUUGUCAAUGUAACCAAGGACACCCCAAAAACAGUGGAACGCUCCGAUUCCUUUGUCUCUGUUCCUUUCUUGCAGAAGUUGAUAGCUGAGGUGGUGGGCACAUAUUUCUUGAUAUUCGCAGGAUGUGCUUCGAUUGUGGUGAACAAGAACAAUUCCAACGUGGUAACACUUCCUGGGAUAGCAAUUGUUUGGGGGCUGGUUGUGACAGUGCUGGUUUACUCUGUUGGUCAUAUCUCUGGUGCUCAUUUCAACCCUGCUGUCACCAUUGCCUUUGCUUCCACCAAAAGGUUUCCCUUGACGCAGGUACCAGCUUAUGUUGCAGCUCAACUGCUAGGAGGCACACUUGCAAGUGGAACUCUGAAGCUGUUGUUUAUGGGAAAGCAUGACCAGUUUUCAGGAACACUUCCAACUGGAACUGAUCUGCAAGCUUUUGUGUUUGAAUUCAUAACCACAUUUCUCCUUAUGUUUGUCAUAUCAGGGGUUGCCACUGAUAACAGAGCGAUUGGUGAGUUGGCUGGGAUUGCAAUAGGGUCUACAAUACUGCUGAACGUGAUGAUUGGAGGGCCAGUGACAGGAGCAUCAAUGAACCCUGUGAGAAGCCUUGGACCUGCUUUUGUGCACUCAGAAUACAGAGGAAUAUGGAUAUUCAUUUUGGCACCAAUUCUUGGAGCUGUGGCUGGAGCAUGGGUCUACAAUAUCAUUAGGUACACAGAUAAGCCACUGCGUGAGAUCACCAAGAGUGCCUCUUUUCUCAACGGACGUAAUGCUGGCACCAAAUAGUUUAACCAAAUGCAGAUGUUGUAAUCUUUUCAUCACCUCUAAUUCUGCCAUGAAUCAAUAACUUUUUUCAUGUAAUUUGUCUUUGUUGAAGUAAUAUUCCAAUAUAAGUACAAAAGAUUUGCAUAAA